AUGGGUGAGGUAGUCUCUACAAUUCCAAUGAUUGGGUUUAAUGUAGAGACCGUACAAUACAACAAUAUCAAGUUUCAAGUAUGGGAUUUAGGUGGUCAGACAAGCAUUAGGCCAUAUUGGAGAUGCUAUUUCCCAAAUACACAAGCAAUAAUUUAUGUUGUUCAUUCAAGUGACACUGAUAGAAUUGGAAUAGCUAAGGAAGAAUUUCAUGCCAUUUUAGAGGUAUUCUUAUGUCUAAACUGGCUAGUCGUGUUUGCAUACAGAGACAAAAAGCAGGGGGUGACACAAGCAAUUAUUCACUCUGCUAUUAACUUUAUGAGGGAACCAUGGCCUAAGGUUUCGGACAAUGCAAAGGACCUUGUAAAGAAAUGCUUAAUCCUGGUCCAAAGCAGCAUCUUACAGUACAGGAAGUGCUUGGGCCCUGGUGUUGGAAUUAGCUCUGACUUACCUCCUGCAGGUGCAAUUGCUGAUAGUCAGUUAGGCAUGUUCUAUUUUUCUUGCUCCUGA